UUUCAUUGUCAUUGGAAGUUCUCGUAUCGAAAGUGAAAAUGCGUUGCGCGAUUUUGUUUGGCCUGGUUGCCUGCCUGGCUUUUAGCCUGAUUGUGGCCCUCGAGGAGCCGGAGUCCGUCAAUCAAUCCAACGAUCUGUCGUCCGUGGAAAGGGAUAUUGGCCAGGCUGUGGAGUCCGAGGUGCGAGCCAAACGUCAGUUUGGCUUUGGUGGUCCCUUUGGCGGUGGAUUCGGUGGACCAUUUGGCGGAUUUGGUGGAUAUCCAUAUGGCGGAUUCGGCAGACCCUUCGGAUACGGUGGUUAUGGUGGCUAUGGCGGCUACGGAGGCGGAUUUGGCUACAGACGUCACUUUGGCUAUGGAGGCUUUGGUCCUUUCUAUGGUUAAACCUACGACUACAUUUUUUCCAACAAUAAACGAAGACUGAAGUAUUAGAUUGUGUGUGUAUUUUUCCUUGCUCUAGGGAUCCGCAGAGUCCCAAAUUAUCUCGCAACUUGACCUCAUUCAUACGAAUGUGUGUGACCCAAAGCGACGACGUGAUCGAAACCGGCAACCUGGCGGCUGGGGAA